CUCAGCAUCAAGUAGCAAGGUGGCGACAGAAAGGGUUGCCGAAAAGCUGAGUUCUACUCUCUCAUGGGUGAAGAACACGGUCUCACACACAGUCAGCCAGAUGGCCAGUCAAGUGGCAAGUCCAUCUACUUCACUCCAUACUACAUCCUCGUCCACCACUCUCUCCACACCCGCCCUCUCGCCUUCUUCACCAGCGCAGUUGAGUCCAGACGACUUAGAACUCCUGGCUAAAUUAGAGGAACAAAACAGGCUGUUAGAGACCGAUAGCAAGUCCCUGAAGUCUGUAAAUGGGUCAAGAAGAAACAGCGGCUCCUCUCUUGUGUCAAGUUCAUCCGCCUCCAGCAAUCUCAGCCAACUCGAGGAAGAUACUUGGAUCCUCUGGGGAAGAAUUGUUAAUGAGUGGGAAGAUAUACGCAAAAAGAAAGAAAAGCAAGUUAAGGAACUUGUCCGAAAAGGGAUACCCCACCAUUUUAGAGCAAUAGUUUGGCAGCUGUUAUGCAAUGCUCAAAGUAUGCCAAUUAAGGAUCAGUAUUCAGAACUUUUGAAAAUGACGUCACCUUGUGAAAAGCUUAUCAGAAGGGACAUUGCUAGAACAUACCCUGAGCACGACUUUUUUAAAGAAAAGGACAGCCUUGGGCAGGAAGUAUUAUUUAAUGUAAUGAAGGCAUAUUCUUUAGUGGACCGUGAGGUUGGAUACUGUCAAGGAAGUGCUUUUAUAGUUGGGCUGCUACUUAUGCAGAUGCCAGAGGAAGAAGCCUUUUGUGUGUUUGUAAAAUUAAUGCAAGACUACCGACUGCGUGAACUCUUUAAGCCGAGUAUGGCCGAAUUGGGCCUCUGCAUGUACCAGUUUGAAUGCAUGAUACAGGAGCACCUGCCUGAGCUCUUUGUACACUUCCAGUCUCAGAGUUUCCAUACUUCGAUGUAUGCAUCGUCGUGGUUUUUGACAAUCUUUCUCACAACUUUUCCACUACCUGUGGCCACAAAAAUAUUUGACAUCUUUAUGUCUGAGGGUUUAGAAAUAGUGUUUCGAGUAGGACUAGCAGUGCUUCAAAUGAAUCAAUCAGAAUUAAUGCAACUUGACAUGGAAGGAAUGUUACAGCACUUUCAAAAGGUCAUUCCACAUCAGUUUGACAGUGGUCCAGACAAAUUAAUUCAAGCAGCAUAUCAAGUCAAAUACAAUGCAAAAAAGAUGAAAAAGCUAGAAAAAGAAUACACUACAAUAAAAACGAAAGAAAUGGAAGAACAAGUUGAAAUUAAAAGAUUACGUACAGAAAACAGACUUUUAAAACAGCGCAUUGAAACAUUAGAAAAGGAAAGUGCUUCCUUGGCAGAUAGAUUGAUUCAGGGACAAGUGACAAGAGCCCAGGAGGCUGAGGAAAACUACCUCAUAAAACGGGAGUUGGCCACCAUCAAACAACAGAGUGAUGAGGCCAGUUCUAAACUGGAGCAAGCUGAGAAUACCAUCAGGGAGUUCCAGCAACAACAACAAUGGGAUAAGUGCACUUCCCGCUACAGCGAAGAUUUUGUGCUCCAGUUGGAAAAAGAAUUGGUCCAAGCCAGAUUGAGUGAAGCCGAAUCUCAGUGUGCACUGAAAGAGAUGCAGGAUAAGAUCUUAGAUAUAGAGAAGAGGAACAAUUCUUUGCCUGAUGAAAACAAUAUUGCACGGCUUCAGGAGGAACUAAUCGCGGUGAAACUGAGAGAAGCAGAAGCUUUGAUGGGUCUGAAGGAACUUAAGCAGCAAGUCAAAGAUCUGGAGGAACACUGGCAGCGCCACUUGUCUCGAACUACCGGGCGGUGGAAAGAAACACCCAAGAAGAACGCCGUGAACGAGUUGCAAGAUGAGUUGAUGACCAUACGACUUAAAGAAGCCGAAACCCAAGCAGACAUAAGGGAAGUGAAACAAAGACUGAUGGAGAUGGAAACCCAGAACCAGAUCAACAGUAACCAUCUCCGAAGGGCAGAGCAAGAGGUCAACAAUCUACAGGGGAAAGUGCAGUAUCUUUCUGCUCAGAACAAAGGAUUGCUUACUCAGUUAAGUGAAGCAAAGCGCAAACAAGCAGAGAUUGAAUGCAAGAAUAAGGAAGAAGUGAUGGCAGUGAGACUCCGGGAAGCAGACAGCAUUGCUGCAGUGGCUGAAUUACGGCAGCAUAUUGCUGAACUUGAAAUCCAGAAAGAAGAAGGGAAAAUUCAAGGACAACUUAAUAAGUCUGAUUCUAACCAGUAUAUUAGAGAACUGAAAGAUCAGAUAGCAGAGUUGAAUCAUGAGCUCAGGUGCCUAAAAGGCCAGAGGGGCUUCCCAGGCCAACCCACUUUUGAUGGGAUCCACAUUGUCAACCAUCUGAUAGGCGAUGAUGAGUCAUUCCAUUCCUCUGACGAAGAUGUUCUAGCUAACUCCAUCCAGGAAGGCGGAGUUCACUUCCCUCUGCCCGGAAGAUCCGGGCCAAUGUCUCUGGACCCAACUGGGGUAGAUAGUAGUGAGAGCGAAACCGAGGACGGCUUGCCGGAGGCCGGAGAGAGUGACCGAGGCGUUCAGAAAGAGCAGAGCCGGAAAAGGAAGGAGCCUUACUCCACCACCGUUUGAUCAUCGCUGUGAUUCAAGGCUGGGGGACCAGGGGGCUCGAAGGUUUCCAUUGUCUGAGUGACUUAAAACGUCCAGGCUACUGGACUUCGCCUGCCCGCGUAUACACUAACAUUUUACAGUUUUAUCUGCCUUUCUACCAAAUCCUCACCUCUCACCCACCAUUGCCGUAGAGUACGGAAUAUGGUCAGUGGGCUUAAAAACAAAAAGCUCUAACAGUAUUACCGAAUAUUAUUUUCCCUCGAUGUUUCUCGUUUUAGAAGAUGCAAGUAGUACACCACAUGCGAACCGUUUUGAAAGUUCACGAAUAUGGGAAAUAGCUUCUCUUCGAAAGAAACUGCUCUCGUGCAAUAUUUUACGCUCAGUGAACAAUCUGUGUGUCUUCCGUUUUUGAAUGUGUUCAGAUGGCUGUCUCUAAAGCAGUUGAUCAAGGCGUGAAUCCGAUUUAUCUUGUUUUUUUAUGUGUUUUUUUUUUAAUUCAACACUAGGGUGUUAUUGAUGGCCCACUGAAGGCUUCCAAACACGCAGCCUUUAUCUGUUUUUAUAAACCCAAAUUAAUGGUUCCACUAUCAGUCCUAAGGGUUUUAAAAUUGAUUUUUUGCGUUCUAAUUUUUAUGUGCCCAAGAUGCUUUUGAUGUAUUGCUGAUUGGUCCAAGUGGUAUGUGAACUACAAUAUAUUGUUUGUACAUAUUUAUAAAUCUCUGCACCUAUCUGAAAAGUGUGCAUUACACAUCAUUUUUUUAUGGGGAAUGUAAAUGUUGCAUUAUGACUGCUUCCAGCAUUUUAACAAGAAUCGUGUAUAUAGAUGGUAGAAGUGGGUUUAAAAAUAAAAAGCAAACACUAAUAUUUUAAUAGCUCUAGUAUCUUUGCCUAGCAUUCGACGCUAACACGUUCAUGUCUUAAUGCUUAUUCAAAAAACACUAUUGGUGGAAAUCACUUCAUGUACAUGUACCGAAUAAAUUUUUCAUGAUUUAAUAAAGUGGUAACACUUA